GGUGACUUUAAGGGGUUGAUUUCUUUGAUCCACAGUUUGAUCAAUAUUCGGGAAUUCAAGGAGUAUCACAAUGUUAUCGAGAAUAGUAUUAAGCAUCCCAGUACUUAGAACCGUAAUAAAAGCUACGCCUCAUAUUACGAAUCGUAGAUUUCGAGGAGAAACUAAAAAUUUCAACAGAAGUCGACAAUUCCAAAAUCAUUUCACACGCAUAAUAGGAACUAAUCGAAAGGACCGCAAAGAUAUCCUUCUCGAAUUGAGAUCUAUGAAGGCAUAUUAUUCCUCAGAAACAAUAGGUCCAUACAAACCAGAUCUGGAACUCAAUUCUGUGCAGUUUGAGAAGAUAAGCAACGAUACCUUAGAGUCAUUGACUGAAUACUUUGACGAGCUAGUCGAGGGAGCAGCACACUUGAAAGACGCCGAUGUCUCUUAUGGGGAUGGUGUACUAACUGUGAAGUUUGGGAAGCAAGAAGGAACCUAUGUAAUAAACCGUCAAACUCCCAACAAACAGAUUUGGUUAUCUUCUCCAAAAUCUGGACCUAAGCGCUAUGACUUUGUGGAUGGCAAGUGGAUAUAUAAACAUGAUGGAAAAUCUCUGCAUGAUUUACUGAACAAGGAAAUACCAGCUAUUAUAAGGAACCAAGCGUUGUUUGAGAAAUGUUCCUAUAGUGGAAUGGAACAAUAUUCUGAUCGAGCAGAAUCCAACUCUAUCCCUGACUAGUCCUAAUCGACCGUACUGACUUUUGGCAAAUUGUGAGCCUGUUCGAUUUACCUGAGCUGAGCCAAUUGAAGAUUUCAUUUCACUUGCUACAAACGUAUGUUCAGUGUUUUAAUGAUUCCAAAUCAUCCGUUCACAAGAUAUUGUUUUUUAUGUAAAUUCAUAAACUAUAAGUUAUUAAACUGUAUCAUAAAUUGA